AUGUCGUCUGCUGUCCAGGACGCCCACGCGCAGUGGCUCGAGCAGCUGCAUGCUAUGCGCAAGGCCAUCGCAGAGCUGAAUCUGCCUGCUGCCGCUGAAGAGGCACCCGCCUAUGGCCACGAUAUCGACUUCGACGACGACGACGAUUUCUCAGGAACUGCCAGCGGAGAAGAUAUCUGGGACGUCAUCAGCGAUGACUACGACGAGGCCUACAGCAGCGACCAUCUCGAUGGUUUUGCACAAGAGCCUGCUUCGACCAACGCCCGUGAUGCGCAAUGGCUGGCAGCAAAGUGCUCACAGGUAGCUCGCAAUAGCUCUGGCUUAGACGCUGGAGCACUGAAAGAGCAGAUAUCGGCCAUUCUUUCCAGCGAUAGCAAUGACGAAGAACUACAAAUGAUGCUCGCAGACAUUGUCGGCUAUGGGGAACUUGACCUGGUGGUAGAGCUGAUCUCGCACCGAAAGGAGAUUUUGCGAUCCCUGCAAGAACCUGCUGCUGCUCAAGGCAAUGGUGUCAUGGGUCGCUUGCAGACGCGCGCUGAACGCGAAGAGGCUCUACGCAGAGCAGAUUGGGAGCACAAGAAUGCUUCACUGGCCCCUGCAAUGGAUCGCACGGGGCCCCAGUAUCCUCAUGUCUACAAGGCCCACGACGCUGGGAACAAGCUUUCGGCCUAUGGCAAGAAGUAUGCCCUUCCGCCAGACACGGUGCAUCAUGACAACAACCUUUACGAGGAAUAUGAAAUCCCAGCCGUACCCGUUGGCACCAUUGGCGCAGGGCGGAGACUCCUCGAGAUUAAAGAUCUAGAUGGCCUUUGUCAGCGCACCUUCAAGGGCUACAAGACCCUUAACCGCAUGCAGAGUCUCGUGUAUCCCGUUGCAUACAAGACCAGCGAGAACAUGCUCAUCUGUGCUCCUACUGGUGCUGGUAAAACCGAUGCAGCCAUGCUCACCAUUCUCAACACUGUAGCUAAGAAUGUUGUUCCCAACCCCAUCGACGAGCCGGGAGCUACGGAUUUUACAGUCAUGGCAGAAGAUUUCAAGAUCAUUUACGUUGCGCCCAUGAAAGCGCUUGCUGCCGAAGUGACUGAAAAGCUGGGGAAGCGCUUAGCAUGGCUAGGAAUCAAAGCUCGGGAGCUGACGGGUGAUAUGCAUCUUACCAAGGCCGAGAUUCUGGAUACUCAAAUCAUCGUAACCACCCCAGAAAAGUGGGAUGUUGUGACGAGGAAGAGCACUGGAGAUACUGAGCUGGUGCAAAAAGUCCGACUGCUCAUCAUAGAUGAAGUCCACAUGUUGCACGACGAGCGCGGUGCUGUCCUUGAAAGCUUGGUCGCGCGUACGCAGCGACAAGUCGAAAGUACACAGUCCCUCAUUCGUAUUGUCGGCCUUUCAGCCACACUCCCCAACUAUGUUGAUGUGGCCGAAUUCCUUCGAGUCAACAAGAUGGCUGGACUGUUCUACUUUGACGCCUCGUUUCGUCCGGUCCCAUUGGAGCAGCAUUUCAUCGGCGCAAAAGGAAAGCCUGGUACCGCCAAGUCUCGCGAGAAUCUGGAAAAAGUGGCUUUUGACAAGGUUGUUGAGAUGCUUAAGCUAGGCCAUCAGAUCAUGGUCUUUGUACAUUCGCGAAAAGACACAGUCAAGACAGCCAGACGACUGUAUGAUAUGGCCAUGGAGGAGCAAUGCACUGAUCUAUUUGUUCCACAAGACCACCCCCGAUACGAGAAUGCUGUGCGCGACAUGAAGCAAUCAAAAGGCAGAGAGUUGAGGGAGCUGCUAGGAAAAGGCAUGGGCACUCACCAUGCCAGUAUGCCUCGUUCGGACAGGAAUUUGAUCGAACGUCUAUUUGCCGAAGGCGUUCUCAAGAUUCUCUGCUGUACAGCCACGCUUGCCUGGGGUGUCAAUUUACCCGCAGCAGCAGUCCUUAUCAAAGGAACCCAAGUCUACAAUGCCCAAGAGGGUAAGUUUACGGACCUUGGUAUUCUUGAUGUUCUCCAGAUUUUCGGUCGUGCCGGUCGACCCCAAUUUCAAGACAGCGGUAUCGGUUUCAUCUGUACCACACACGAUAGGCUCGAUCAUUACAUGCGUGCCGUAACCGAACAGCAGCCUAUCGAGUCACGCUUCUCUGCCAAACUUAUUGACAAUCUCAACGCCGAAAUCUCCUUAGGCACCGUCACUACGGUCUCUGAAGCUGUGACGUGGCUAGGAUACUCGUACCUGUUUGUACGGAUGCAAAAGAGUCCGCUGAUGUACGGAAUCGAAUGGGCAGAAAUACGCGACGAUCCACAGCUAGUCGGGAGGCGGCGCAAGCUCAUCAUCGACGCUGCACGAACUCUGCAACGUAGCCAAAUGAUCGUUUUCAACGAGACGACCGAGGAUCUGAGAGCUAAAGAUGUUGGUCGCAUUGCCAGUCAAUACUACGUGCAGCAAUCAAGUAUUGAAAUAUUCAACACCAUGAUGCGACCUCAUAGUUCAGAUGCAGACGCUUUAGCUAUGGUCAGUAUGAGCGGCGAGUUCGAUCAGGUGCAGUCACGCGAGAGUGAAGAGAAGGAACUGUCAUCGCUCAAAGAGAAUGAGUAUGUCAUCACAGAAGUGAAGGACGGCUACGCUACGUCGCACGGUAAAACAAACUACCUCCUCCAGGCGCAUAUUUCAAGGGCACGUCUGGAAGACUUCACACUGGUCUCCGAUACGAAUUACAUUACCCAGAAUGCUGCCCGUAUCGCACGAGCAUUGUUCAUGAUAGCGCUUAAUCGGCGCUGGGGCUAUCAAUGCCUAGUGCUUCUCAGUCUAUGUCAAUCGAUAGAACACCGAUGUUGGGCUUUCCAACAUCCCCUACACCAGUUCGAACUCCCUCAGCCCGUCUUGAGAGCCCUCGACCAUCGAUUUCCUUCUAUACAAACACUGAGGGACAUGGACGCGGCUGAGAUUGGAGAUAUGGUUCACAACAAGAAAAUGGGGAAUGUCAUCUCGAAGCUGAUGAGCAACUUUCCCACGUUAAGCAUAGAGUCUGAGAUCGCUCCGCUGAACCGAGACGUUCUCCGGAUACGAUUGUUCCUUACUCCUGAUUUUGUGUGGAACGACCGCCACCAUGGCACUUCCGAAUCAUUCUGGAUCUGGGUUGAAAACUCCGAGACGUCUGAAAUUUUCCACCACGAGUUCUUCAUUCUGUCUCGCAAAAAGCUCUAUGACGAUCACGAGCUCAACUUUACGAUUCCGCUUUCCGACCCCCUUCCAACGCAAGUUUACGUUCGCGCUGUGUCUGACCGUUGGCUGGGAGCAGAGACUGUGCACCCCAUAUCAUUCCAGCAUCUCAUCCGGCCUGACACCGAAAGCGUCUACACUGACCUCCUGAACCUGCAGCCUUUGCCGAUUUCUGCAUUGAAGAAUCCUCUUUUGGAGGAGGUUUAUGGACAGCGCUUUCAGUAUUUCAAUCCGAUGCAAUCACAGAUUUUCCACUGUCUCUACCACACGGCCGCCAAUGUCCUGCUUGGGUCGCCUACAGGUAGUGGAAAGACUGUCGCCGCUGAGCUAGCAAUGUGGUGGGCAUUCCGUGAAAAGCCAGGCUCCAAGGUCGUUUACAUCGCUCCCAUGAAAGCACUUGUUCGCGAGCGAGUGCAAGAUUGGGGCAAGCGUCUAGCGGGGCCCAUGGGCCUGAAGCUUGUUGAGUUGACGGGUGAUAAUACACCAGACACCCGUACCAUCCGCGACGCCGAUAUCAUCAUUACGACGCCAGAAAAGUGGGACGGUAUAAGUCGCAGCUGGCAAACUCGUGGGUACGUCCGUCAGGUUAGCCUAGUCAUCAUUGAUGAAAUCCACUUGUUGGGUGGUGACCGUGGUCCGAUUCUGGAGAUCAUUGUGUCGCGCAUGAACUACAUUGCCUCGCAAAAGAAGGACGGUUCCAUUCGCCUUCUUGGUAUGUCGACAGCAUGCGCGAAUGCAUCCGAUCUCGGUAACUGGCUGGGCGUCAAAGAGGGCUUGUUCAAUUUCCGACACUCUGUCCGUCCAGUACCGUUGGAAAUCUUCAUUGAUGGCUUCCCUGAGCAGCGAGGCUUUUGCCCCCUUAUGCAGUCCAUGAAUCGACCUACCUUUCUCGCUAUUAAAGCUCAUUCGCCAGAAAAGCCCGUCAUUGUAUUCGUAGCCUCGCGAAGACAAACGCGUCUGACUGCGCGCGACCUCAUCAACUUCUGUGGAAUGGAGGACAACCCUCGUCGCUUCUUGCACAUGUCUGAAGAGGACCUGGCCUUGAACCUGGAUCGUGUUCACGAUGACUCGUUGCGGGAGGCGCUCAGUUUCGGCAUUGGCUUGCAUCACGCUGGUCUCGUCGAAUCGGACCGUUCACUGUCUGAAGAGCUUUUUGCGAAUAACAAGAUCCAGAUCCUUAUCGCUACUAGUACCCUUGCUUGGGGUGUAAAUCUGCCGGCUCAUCUUGUUGUUGUCAAAGGAACACAGUUUUUUGACGCAAAGACAGAAGGAUACAAAGACAUGGAUUUGACUGAUGUCCUGCAGAUGCUGGGACGUGCAGGGCGCCCCCAAUUCGACGACUCCGGCAUAGCGCGUAUUUUUACACAGGAUGCAAAGAAGGAGUUUUACAAACACUUUCUGCACACUGGAUUCCCUGUCGAAUCAUCACUGCACAAAGUCCCGGACAACCAUUUGGGUGCCGAAAUCUCGGCUGGCACCAUCACCACAAAGCAAGACGCCUUGGAUUACCUGACCUGGACUUUCUUCUUCCGCCGCCUCCACAAGAACCCAUCCUUCUACGGCCUUGAAAUCUCUGCUGAAGAGCACAACACGAUAGCUGCACAGUCCAUGGCAAACGACUAUAUGGUUGAGCUGGUGGAGUCAUCAUUGAGAGAACUGAAUGAGUCGUCAUGUGCAGUUGUCGAGGCGACUGGCGAAGUCGAUGCUACACCGCUCGGAAAGAUCAUGAGUUACUACUACCUCAGCCAUAGGACAAUACGCUACCUUGUACAAAACGUAAAGCGCAACGCCACGUUCUCGGAAGCUCUUGCCUGGAUCUCACACGCUACCGAAUACGACGAGCUUCCUGUUCGGCACAACGAAGAUCUUAUCAAUAUGGAGCUCUCAAAAGCCUUGCCCAUUCCAGCCGAUGACUUUGGUUUGCCAAUGUGGGAUCCGCAUGUCAAAGCCUUCUUGCUUUUGCAAGCUCACUUCUCCCGCAUUGACCUACCCAUUUCGGAUUAUAUAGGUGACCAGAACAGCGUACUAGACCAGAGUAUCCGUAUCGUGCAAGCAACGAUUGACGUGCUCACUGAACUCGGUUAUCUCUCUUCAUGCCAAACAAUGAUCGCAAUUCUCCAGGCCAUCAAGUCAGCUCGCUGGCCUAGUGAUGGCCCAUUGUCUAUCUUCCCAGGAGUGGAUGUGGACAGGGAGAAAACGCGUUUAGAUCGACCCGAAGCCAGACCCAGGACACUGAUCGAGGUUAUCUCUACCGCUGCAACCGAACUAGAGCGCGCCGGCAAGGUGGCCGGUGUUUCACACAAUAGUCUCAAACGCCUUACAGAAUCCGUCUCCCGACUUCCUGUAUUGAAGCUCGAUCUUGGUAAUGUAAAUGCUAUCCAUCUCGACUUCAAGAUUACUCGCCAGAACCCUGCGCGGGUACAACAAGGCGGUGUACGAAUAUUCGCACCGCGUUACCCCAAGCCGCAGACGGAGGGUUUCUUUGCCCUCGUCUCGUAUUCAAGCACCGACGAGAUUGUUGCCUUGAAACGCGUCAACUGGCCAGAUCCAAGCAGAGACAAUGGAGGCAAUCGACGUGGACGCGGUAAUCAGGCAUCUGGAGGGGGGCGUUCGCAUCUGCAAGCAUCAACCAAAGUUUCGCUUCCACCCGAAGCGCAGGGCAAAAGACUGGACAUUCUGGUGCACAGUGAUUCUUAUCCCGGUAUGGCGUGGGAAAUCAAGGGAAUAGAGAUACCAGAGGCGCCAACGGUAGAUACAUACGGAAAGGAAAAAGAGAAAGCGUGA